CACCGAAACAUUGUGUCCGUCCGCGCUGGGUUUUUUUUUUUAUUGUUUUUCUUUGCGCGAGACGGACAUCUUUGAACGUUGUUCCGCGUCUCGCUUUAUUUUAGUAUCUCGCGCAGGAGCGCCUCGUUUUUUAGUUUAUAAGAAGUUUAAAAGAAGUUCAACGGUUAAAAACGCGAGUCUAUCUUUUUUAUUAUUUAUUUUUUUAGCGCAAAACAAGUUUGAUGUGAACGGCCCAUCCAUAGAACGGUCGCGCAGCGCAGUAUAUAUUUACGUUAUUCCUGCAGAAUUAACCAGAUCUCAAUCCGAUUGAGCAUCUAUGGGAUGUGCUGGACCAACAAGUCUGAUCCAUGGAGGUCCCACCUCGCAACUUACAGGACUUAAAGGAUUUGCUGCUAACGUCUUGGUGCGAGAUAUCACAGGACACCUUCAGAGGUCUUGUGGAGUCCAUGACUCGAUGGGUCAGAGCUGUUUUGGUGGCACGAGGGGGACCUACACGAAAUUAGCUUGUGGUUGAAAAUCCAUCUUUGUGCUCAAAUUGGAUCAAGCCAUCACAAUUGGACGUACACCUGUAGAUUAUUCUCUUAACCACCAUCCCAGUUCUCCGUUCAAUGCCUAACACUGUGGAAAGUGAAGGUGCCAAGGUAUCUACUAGUACUGAUCAGAAGGUCCUGUCACGGGCCUUGGGCAGAGAGGAUGAGCGCGACCGCAGCUUCCUGAGCCCCUUGACAUGUGAUGUGCUGCGGGCACGACGGGCCUCCAGUGCAGAGCUCCAGCUUCCUUGGUCUUGCCCUGUAACGCACUCCCAGGAGAAGUUUUACACCGUCUGCUCAGACUACGCGCUGCUCAACCGAGCCCGACCCAUCAUUACAUCUGUUGAUGCACCUUCAACCAAACCAGACAGUGGGACAUCAUCGGUCAAGCCCAUCACUGGGACCCCUUCCCAGAGUCACUCUGGGGGAAUCAGCGUGUCUCUAGAAAGCAAUUGUAAUAUGGAGGUUGUGUCAUCCAGCAACAAACCAAUGCUGGCCUGGGAGAUUGACACCUCUGAUUUUGAUGCUGUUUUAAUCAGAAAAACUAGAACAAGUAAUUUAAAGAAAUUCAACUCCAAGAAAAUGAAAUCAUCAGACAGGCUGUGCAGAAAUCUGCAAGAUCUCUCACCUCAAGCCUCUCUGGAAGAGAUCAAACAGAGAAAAGUCUUGGACCUCCGUAGAUGGUACUGCAUCAGCCGUCCGCAGUACAAAACUUCAUGUGGAAUGUCUUCACUUGUUUCAUGCUGGAACUUUCUAUACAGUACUUUAGGGGCAGGCAGCCUCCCACCCAUUUCUCAAGAAGAAGCACUGCACAUACUUGGUUUCCUGCCUCCGUUUGAAGAUAUCAAGUUUGGACCGUUCACCGGCAAUGCCACUUUGAUGAGAUGGUUCAGACAAAUCAAUGAUCAUUUUCGAGUCCGAGGAUGCCCUUAUAUUCUUUACAAACCUCAUGGGAAGCACAAGACAGCAGGAGAGACAGCUGAGGGGGCUUUGCUGAAGUUGACUCAGGGACUCAAAGAUGAAUCUAUGGCCUAUAUUUACCACUGUCAAAAUCACUACUUCUGUCCUGUGGGCUAUGAAGCUACACCACUGAAAGCAGUCAAAGCAUACAGGGGUCCAUUGCCUCUUAAUGAGAUGGAGCACUGGAUUCUCAUUGGCGAACCAAGCAGGAAACACCCUGCAAUCCAUUGUAAAAAGUGGACUGAUAUUGUGACAGAUCUGAACACUCAAAACCCAGAAUACUUUGACAUUCGCCAUAUAGAAAGAGGCAUUCAGUAUCGUAAAACCAAGAAGGUAGGGGGCAAUCUGCAUUGCAUCAUGGCCUUCCAAAGAGUGAACUGGCAAAAGCUGGGACCAUGGGCACUGGAAAACCUUAGGCAUGAUCAACACCAUCAGGCUCCAGAACACAGAGGUCAAGCGGCAACAGAGGACGGUUCUGAAGUGAGAGCAGUGAAACGCUUGGGCCGGUCCCUCAGUACAGGGAACCAGAAGUCAGACAAUGCCUGGAAGCGUUUGUCCAACACAGCAGAGUAUAGGCACAGAGGCUCUCCAGACAGUGACCUAAAUGAAGAUAUAAAUGAUUAGGUAUCCAACCCUCAUCUUGAAGAGCUAAUUGGGUUUUCAGUAGUUAUAAACAAGCACAUUUACCUCUUCUGGUUGUUGGCAACAGUGAAAGGUUAUAAUUAGAUAUGUUACAUUAGAUUGCACUGCAGAAAUUUUUUUAUGUUGUAUAGUGGGUGACUCUGGGCUGGUCGCCGCAAAGGAACUGGCUUGAUCCCCAUAAGGAUGGAGCCAUCACCGUUGUGCACUUGAGCAAGGUACUUAAAGGAAUUGUUCACCCAAAAAUUAAAAUUCUGUUAUCAUAUACUCACCCUCAUGCCAUCCCAGAUGUGUGUAACUUUCUUUCUUCAGCAGAACACAAAUAAAGAAUUUCUCAGCUCUUUUGGUCCAUACAAUGCAAGUGAAUGUGCAGCAAAACCUCCACUUUAACUUACACUUUAUUCUUCUUGUGUUUUUGGUGAUUCACAUUCUUCAUGCAUACGCCCCCUACUGUGCAGGGGGAAGAAUUUCUAGCAAAAAUGGACUUAAAUAUUGAUCUGUUUCUCACCCAUGGAUUUAACCACAGGAGUCUUAUGGAUUACUUUUUGGAGCUUCAAACUUUUGGCACCCAUUCACUUGUAUAGACCUACAGAGCUGAUAUAUUCUUAUAAAAAUCUUAAUUUGUGUUCUGCAAAAGAAAGUCAUACAUAUCUGGGAUGACAUGAGGGUGUGUAAAUAAUGAGGGAAUUUUCAUUUUUGGGUGAACUAUUCCUUUAACCCCUGAUUGCUCCCCAUGUAUUGUCCCUGUAAUAAGUUCAUGGCGCCAUUCUAGGGCAGCAUUAAGUAAAAGUCUUGGAAACAAAUUCCAUCUGCCCUAGUUAUGUGGCGAUAAAGGUUCAUUCUAUUCAAUCCAAAAUUACUACCCAGUGGCUCUUCAAGAAGAGGUUAAGUCACUUCUGAUUGGUCAAAAUGCUGCUUUGGAAAACAUAUUGUGGUUAAACAGAUCAGUAAGUAAACUGUGCAAUGGACCCUUUUCACAUUUCUGGGUUUGGAAAGUAGAAUUAAACUAUAGCGGGGUAAACUUUUAUAGAGGUACAUAGGAGACCAUAGCAAUAUAAUUUUUUUGAAUUCCCAUCUGCUCCACUAUUACGUUUCCACGACUUUUCAAAAGAGUGGGAAAAAAUAAAGAGAGAUGGAUUGUGAUUGUAAGAUGAGAGAAGGAAGCCAGAUUUACUAUUUGAAACCCCAUUGCAGCAGUGCUAAGUAUUUUUUUUAAAUUAAUGCCAGGGUAAUAUAACGCAGAAUAAUGUUAUAAAUUGACGUUAAAUAUUUAAAAAAAGUUUUACGCUGCUAAUUAAUGCGGAAAUACUUUAUCACAGUCUGUGGAAAGAGUCUAUUAACUGCAACUGUACCAAGAUCAUUAAGUGAAUAUUUUAUUUUAAAAUCAAUAGCAUAAAUCCAUUUCAGUGACAUGCUUCUUGGUGGACUUUUGUAGAUAAUUGGACCAAACUAUGGACUGUUCUACGAAUAACUAAUUUGCCUAGAGUGCAUACAGAACACUCGUAACACUACAUGGAAGACUAUUAUUUAUCAAUACAGCUUCUAUUAUUAUAUGAACAAAAAUGGCUUUAUUAGUAUAAGUCGUGAAACAGAACAAACUAUGUCAAAGUUAUUAGAGCAGAACAUAUCAGGCUAAGUGUCUAAGUGAGCAUUUAAACAUUUAAUUUCACACUGCUGAAUCAAAUUCAGGUUAUAGUGAAGUGACAUGGUCCAAUAUGACAAUGCUUUCUUAUUGCAAAUAGCAAGGAUUACAUAUUCUUUGUGAAAUGCUCUAAGCUAACACUGCAUGAUUGCUUCCAUGUUAUGCACAUUACAAUUUGUUGUUCAUUUAAAGGGAUAGUUCACCCAAAAUUUAAAUUUCUCUCAUAGUUUACUCACCCUCAUACCAUCCCAGAUGUGUAUGACUUUCUUCUGCUAAAUACAAGACUUUUUAGAAGAAUAUCUUAACUCUGUAGGUCCAUACAGUGCAAGUGAAUGGGUGCCAAAAUUUUGACCUUCCAAAAAGCAUAUAAAGGCAUCAUAAAAGUAAUCCAUACGACUCCAGUGUUUUAAUCCAUGUCUUCAGAAGUGAUAUAAUAGGUGUGGGUGAGAAACGGAUCAAUAUUUAAGAUCUUUUUUGCUUGAAAUUCUUCUCCCUGCCCAGUAGGGGGCGGUAUGCAUGAAGAAUGUGAGUCACCAAAAACACAAGGAGAAGAAUGUGAAAGUGAUCUGUUUCUCACCCACACCUAUGAUAUUGCUUUUAAAGACAUUGAUUUAACCACUACUACUACUUUUAUGCUUACUUGUGUGAGCUUCAAAAUUUUGGCACCCAUUCACUUUGUGUGAACCAAAAGAGCUUAGAAUUCUUCUAAAAAUCUUCAUUUAAGUUCAGCAGAAGAAAGUCAUACACAUCUGGGAUGGCAUGAGAGUGAGUAUAUGAUGAGAGAAUUUUCAUUUUUGGGUGAACUACCCCUUUAACACUGCAACAUCCAAUAUAUGAUGUUCAAUGUCUAAUCAUCACAAAUCCCAUACUAAUGAGUCUAAUGUGUUGGUAUUUUUAUUAAAAGUAUUUAUACAUC